GCCGCCGCGCCGGCAGCGCCGAGCGAGCCCCUCCCGGCCCCACGGCCCAGCCUCGUCGGGGCCGCGCCCAGACCCCGGCCCGCCGUCCAGGGCUCGCGGUGCCGCCCCCGCACCCGCCAGCGCCCCGCCGCCCGGGCGGGCCCACAGGACCAUGAGCUUGGACCCCCCCAGGAGAUGCCUUCUGAUGCUACUGAUGGCUUUGAACCUGACCCAGGGCGACCCUGUGAAGCCCUCUCGGGGGCCGCUGGUGACCUGCACGUGUAAGGGCCCACGAUGCACGGCGUCUACCUGCCAGGGGACCUGGUGCACUGUAGUGCUGGUGCGGGAGGAGGGCAGGCACCCCCAGGAACAUCGGGGCUGUGCGAACACGCACCCAGAACUCUGCUGGGCACGCCCCACUGAUGUCGUCAACCACUACUGCUGCUACAGCUCCCUCUGCAACCACAACGUGUCCCUGGAGCUGGAGGCCAACCCAACCCCGGAGCAGCCGCAAGUAGUUAGCCAGCUGCCUCUGAUCCUGGGCCCUGUGCUGGCCUUGCUGGUCCUGGGGGUCCUGUGUGCCCUGGGCCUGUGGCAUGUCCGGCGGAGGCAGGAGAAACAUCAGCACCUGCACAGCGAGCUGGGCGAAUCCAGACUCAUCCUGAAGCCUUCCGAGCAGGGGGACAGCAUGCUGGGGGACUUCCUGGACAGUGACUGCACAACAGGCAGUGGCUCGGGGCUCCCCUUCCUGGUGCAGAGGACGGUGGCACGGCAGGUCGCCCUGGUGGAGUGUGUGGGAAAGGGCCGCUAUGGCGAGGUGUGGCGAGGCCUGUGGCAUGGUGAGAGUGUGGCGGUCAAGAUAUUCUCCUCGAGGGAUGAACAGUCCUGGUUCCGGGAGACUGAGAUCUACAACACAGUGUUGCUCAGACACGACAACAUCUUAGGCUUUAUAGCCUCGGACAUGACUUCCCGCAACUCGAGCACGCAGCUGUGGCUCAUCACGCACUACCACGAGCACGGUUCGCUCUACGACUUCCUGCAGAGGCAGACGCUGGAGCCCCGCCUGGCCCUGAGGCUGGCCGUGUCCGCGGCCUGCGGCCUGGCGCACCUGCACGUGGAGAUCUUCGGCACUCAGGGCAAACCGGCCAUCGCCCACCGCGACCUCAAGAGCCGCAACGUGCUGGUCAAGAGCAACCUGCAGUGUUGCAUCGCAGACCUGGGCCUGGCUGUGAUGCACUCGCAGGGCAGCGAUUACCUGGACAUCGGCAACAACCCGCGAGUGGGCACCAAGCGGUACAUGGCCCCCGAGGUGCUGGAUGAGCAGAUCCGCACCGACUGCUUCGAGUCCUACAAGUGGACGGACAUCUGGGCCUUUGGCCUGGUGCUGUGGGAGAUCACCCGCCGGACCAUCGUCAAUGGCAUUGUGGAGGACUAUAAGCCACCCUUCUAUGACGUGGUGCCCAAUGAUCCCAGCUUUGAGGACAUGAAGAAGGUGGUGUGUGUUGACCAGCAGACCCCCACCAUCCACAACAGGCUGGCUGCAGACCCGGUCCUCUCAGGUGUGGUUCAGAUGAUUCGGGAGUGCUGGUAUCCCAACCCCUCCGCCCGCCUCACUGCGCUGCGGAUCAAGAAGACACUACAGAAACUCAGCAACAGCUUCGAGAAGCCCAAAGUGAUUGACUAGCCACAGGCUGACACCUGACUCCCCUCAGCCUGCAGUGUGUGUGUG